AUGCAUCUGGAUACGUUCUGGCAUUCAGAUGGACCACAGCCACACUGGAUGACAGUGGAGUUUCCUAGGAAGUUGUCACCAAUGCAGUAUCCUCUCCAGAAGAUGUCCAUAUACCUGUCUUACUCGCUGACUCGUACACACCCGCCACCAUAUCUAGCCACUACUUUCGACAAACCUGACGGAUGGAUAACCUUCAAUGUGUCCUCGGAGCUGUCUGACGAUGGCGAAAGUUUUCGACAUAUUCACACCUAUGUGCUGCAGGUGGUGGUUCUGGGGAACCAUAUGAACAGAACAGACACCCAUGUGAGAGGGAUGAUAGCGCACGGUCCGCCAGAAGACAAUACAUCCUGGUAUGAUCCGUUCCCGUGGAAGAACGAUUGCUUCGGGUGGUAUGAGCAAAUACGAUGA